UUUACCACACAAUAUAUACAUAUAUAUUACAUACAUGUGACAAACAUAUUUUGUUCUGUUCAAGUUUUUGAAUUAUAAAUCUAGGUAAUUAAUUAUAUUGACAAAAUGAUGACGAUAUUAUUCUCCAUCCUGCUUGUGAUUGCAACAGCUCAAUUAACCGAAACUGCAACAACAAUGAUGCCGAUGAUGACAACCCAUCCAGAGAAAACUGAGUACGAGUCCUUCCAGUUUCAAUUUGACGGUACAACUGGAAUGCUGGCUGUACGGUCGAUGCAUAACUGUUACAUAUGGCAGCUUACAGACAAAGAGCAUCAACAAGUUCAUACUGACGAUGGAAUUAGAAAUAUUGAGUUACGUGUCUUAAAGGAGAUCGACAACGCUUAUUAUACCGUUGUACCAAAAGGAAUAUUACAUCCCGCUAUACUGAAUGCCUGUACUAGAUAUUCAUCUCAUUUUUAUCUUGUUCAUUAAAUAUUAAUUACAAUUAAGAUAAGCAUGAAUACA